AAGAUGGAGGUAGAGGGCGGUGUAUUAAUUUCUGUCAUGCAGUUUUCUUCUAUUUAACCGCGAACCGAGGGACAAUUUUAGUGCAAAAUAGCAUCAUGUCAUCAGACAGUGAGUUGGACGAGUUUUACGAUGCAGAAGAGGACACUCCUGUCAAGUUUGUGAGUGGAGCCUAUAACAAAGAUGACGAUCUAGAGAAAGAGGAGAGACAGCUUCUAGAAUUGAAGAGAUUGGCAGAGGAAAAACGAAGACAAGAAGAUGAAGAAUUGCAAAAACGACUGGCUGAUAUUGAGAAAAGAAAGGAGGAACAACUGCGUUUGGAAGCAGAGAAGAGAUUGGAAUUAGAAAACAAAAAGAAGAAACUAGAAAAGAUGAGAAAACUUAUGCACCAAGAAAGCACACCAUUUUCUACUCCAUCCAAAGAGGAAGAAGGUGAAGGUGAGGUCAAGGAUACUCAGAGGUCAACUGAAACAGAGGAAGCUGCAGUGGCUAUCCAAACUGAACAAAUUGGAGGUGGAAUAGAUGACACAGCUGAAAAGAGAAAAGAGAUUGUGAUGGACAUACAUAAAGGGUUAAGUGAUGUACAGGAAAAAGUUGAAUCUGUGAUACAUGAACUUACAAACAAUUUGGAUUUGACAGGUCAUGGUGAUGGGUCAGGUCAAGGUCAUGAGUCGGGUCAAGGUCAUGGUGACACUGGUGGUUCAGGCUUUUCGAAUUUUUCCCCAGACCUGAACUCGAUGUCUGCCCAAGGUGAUGAUGUAAAUCUUGACAGUCAGACUCGAACAGUGGAGAAAAACUCCGCUAAGAAUAAAACCAUACCUCACAUCAGACAUACAGGAGCAAGCACAGCUGAUGGUGCCAAAAGAGGCACAUGGCCGAAGCAGGGUAGUUACGGAGGCGGAGGAGGCGACAGAGUCCGCAUAGAUUCAGACUCAGAAAACGAGCCAGAUAUUGUGAGGAGCACCAAGCACCGUUCUGCAGUUGAAAUGCCAGCACCAGUGGCUCCACCUAGGAGAAGGAAAAAAAUUAAGAGCAUGGCGGAAGAGGUUGUAAGUUUGGAGUCUUUAACACCAACUCCACCAGAACAGCCAUCCGGGCUCCCGAAGAGCACCCCUCAAGCCACGCCUACGAUAACCCCUACAUGUUCGGUGGAGAACCUCACCAAAGCACUGGACCAUUGUCUGGAUUUGAACAGUGCAGUGCAGGGAGAUAGACAUGUCACCACUAUGGCUCUGGAUGCACACGCUACCAAAGGGGAGGGUGAAGCACUGAUGACUCCGCCCACUGCGGAAGAGACUCCGCCCCCCUCUAGUAACAUCAUUCCAGACUCCUCCCAGGCUCCACCCACCCCUUCUUCAGGCUCCUCCUCUGUACCACAACCAGAUGUUGAGGUGAAGGAUGAUGAAGGAAAAGAAAAGCAAGGAGCCUAUGACAUUGAGAUUGCGCCAGGGCCAAGACCAAGGUCAAAUUCUGGAAGACUGUUGUCUGACAAGGAAAUCUUGGACUCUAUCAUCAUCCGUAACCUGGACACAGGAGAGAGCCUUCCUCUGAGUUUGGCUGAGGAACAACUUCCACAGGGCACCAACCCCCUAGCCUUGCACAUCAUGAGAAGAACUAAGGAAUAUGCAAGUGACAGUAGUCUAGAAGGUAAAGAGCGUCACCCAACAGACGAGGUGGACGCAGGACCCAAGUCUGUACAGGCAGUGGCCCAACAAGCCAGCGCGGGAGUCAAGAAAACGGGCACUAGACUCAAGAAAUUGUUUGGCAAAACAGUCAGCAAGAUCAAAUCUGUAGCAGGAGGAAACCACGAUGACAGCUCUAGUGACGAAGAAGUCAGUUUAGAUGGCAAAAAGUUUGUAAAGGGUGCAGUUAGUCAGGUGAAGGCGUCUGGUAGCAACAAGGGACCAUAUGACUUUGCUCAGCUGAAGAUGUGUCAGGAUUUGAGUGGGGAACAUGUGGGAGCAGUUUGGAUUAUGAAAUUCUCUCACUGUGGAAGACUUGUGGCCACAGGUGGGCAGGACAACAUACUGAGAGUUUGGGUCCUGAAGAACUCCUUCGCCUACUUUGAUGAUAUGAGGCAGAAAUACAGUGAAGCAAGUGCAAGCUUGCUCCAUGGGAUGAGAGCCAAGGUGUCUCCAGCCCCGUCCCAGGAAAGUCUGGACUCCGUACAGUCUGCUGACGCACAGACAGAACCAGGGGCAUGUGGAACUACUGGUACAGAAGAGGAGGAGGAGGAAGAGGAUGCCCCCUUCAUGAAGAAGCCAUUGUGUACAUACAGAGGACACUCUGGGGAUGUGCUGGAUCUCUCCUGGUCCAAGAAUUACUUCAUCCUCUCCUCAUCCAUGGACAAGACAGUGAGAUUAUGGCAUAUCUCCAGAAGGGAGUGCCUCUGCUGCUUCCAGCACAUAGACUUUGUGACAGCUAUUGUAUUUCAUCCCAAGGAUGACAGGUAUUUCCUCAGUGGCUCUUUAGACGGCACAUUGCGCCUCUGGAACAUCCCAGACAAGAAGGUCGCCUUGUGGAAUGAGGUCAGCGGACACACUAAGCUCAUCACUGCCGCCAAUUUCUGUCAAAAUGGAAAGUUUGCGGUGGUGGGGACAUACGACGGAAGAUGCAUAUUUUAUAGUACUGAUCAAUUGAAAUACUACACGUUAAUUCACGUGCGUUCAACACGGGGUCGUAACGCGAGAGGAAGAAAAAUCAGUGGCAUUGAGCCAAUGCCAGGAGAGGAUAAAGUGCUGGUCACUUCCAACGACUCCCGCAUACGCCUGUACGACCUGCGCGAUCUUACGCUCACAUGUAAAUACAAAGGAUGUGCCAACACAAGCAGUCAAAUCAAAGCUGGGUUCAGUCACAAUGGAAAGCACAUUAUUUGUGGCUCUGAAGAUCAGUUCAUCUACAUCUGGAAGACCCAGCAUGAAUUCCACAAGUUUUCAUCCGCCAGAAGAGACAGGAAUGACUUCUGGGAAGGAAUUAAAGCUCACAACGCUGUGGUCACGGCAGCCAUAUUUGCUCCUAAUCCAUCUCUCCUACUUCCCCCCACUGAGGAAGCUACAGACACUCCACCUGGUGAUCACCAGAAGAAAGAUGGCAGCCUCAAGAGGGCAGAUGCUGCGUGCGGUGAUGUUUUUCUCUCUGCAGACUUCACUGGUGCUAUCAAAGUAUUCACAAAUCAUAUAAAACGCCAGUCAUCCUCGACAUCUUUGGUGUCUUCGGGGUCACUGAGAUAGCCACCUUUAUGAAAAGUCUAAGGUGUUUGUAAAAUGUGAUAUAUAUAUAAAGGAAAUUUGAUAGAUGUUUACAGAUAUACACAAUCUCUUGGGUGUAAACAGUAAAAAACAGUAAAAAUAGAUAUAGCUGCAGUGUGUGCCCAGUAAGAGCUUUUCCGUGUGCCUCUCUCAACUCCUGUACUCAAGUUUGGCUGUAACAUUUAAAAGGCUAAUAUGAGUACUGCUUUAUUUUGAAGAUCCUGAGUCUCUUAUGCCAUGUUUCCAUCCAAAAUGAGUUAACCUAGCUUCAAAUUGGUCCGAUUACUAUGAUAUAUUGCAGGGAGCCAGUCUAGGUUCUUGCCUUACGAAGGUUGUAGGUGGAGUGGAUAACAUUUUUUAACAACCUUACAUGAUUUUUUGGG